AUGUCACAGAUGAUCAUGCUCGGGCAAAUCGAGUAUUAUAUGGACCGCAGUAGACCAUGCUGGUCGGACGAAAUCUCAGACGCCCAUAAGAAUGAUAUGGAAUGGCGAAUCCAGCCCCUGCCUCCUCUUCUCCGCCACCCCCCAUCGACACUGAUGCAUACCAACGAUGGCCCCGGCUCACGAGAUACACCCUUGAAUGCGAUUAUUGGUCCUCCAGGAGUUCCGCGCGCACCGAACUUUGGGAACAGGCUACAGCCUGCCCGAACAGAGAUCCCAGGCGAGAAGUUUCACAUGGCGAUAAUCGAGUCGCACACCGUAAUUGAUCAGUUCGGAACGCUUGAGCUCGAGGAUUCUGUGGAGAAGGGGGGCGAUUCUGAAGCGGAGGAGGAUGGUUCUGAAGACGAGGAUGACUCUGAGAUGGACGAAGAUUGA